GCAGCCUUUUUAGGGACACUGAAUGGACAAUAAAACAGUACCACCUUACUUUAAUUUCACAUUAUUCAAAGGAUAUGAACAUGUACGGAUAGUGUAUUUUCUGAUAACCAUAUUGGCAUAUUUUCUCAUCAUACUCUUUAAUGUGACUAUCCUGCUGGCUGUAUUCAAGGACAAAUCUCUUCAUGAACCCAUCUACCUUCUGAUGUCUUUCCUGCUAUUGAACUCUCUGUAUGGUAGCUCUGCACUGUUCCCGAGGCUUUCAGCUGACCUUCUGUCAAAUACUCACCGAAUAUCCCGUCCUGCAUGCUAUGUACAGUUAUUUGUCAUCUACACGUAUGGCAUUUCUGAAUUCACUGUGUUAACUGUAAUGGCGUACGACAGAUAUGUGGCCAUAUGUGACCCUUUGCUGUAUCACAAAAUCAUGACACAGAGAAAAACGUUUUUGCUUAUUUUCUGUGCUUUUUCCUGGUCAUUCUUUUGUUUGAGUGUUGCAAUAGUUUUGUCUACAAGGCUACCUCUGUGUGGUAAUAAGAUACCACAGGUGUAUUGUUCGAAUUGGGCUGUGGUAAGGCUAUCUUGUGUGUCUACUGUACUUAACAACAUUUGGGGCUAUUUUGUUUCUUUGACUACAGUCUUUCUGCCAGCAAGUUUCAUAUUGUUCACGUACAUCAGGAUUCUUAUUGUCUGUAGAAAAAGCACAGCUGAGUUUAGAGGCAAAGCACUGCAAACAUGUCUACCGCACAUUGUCAGUUUUGUUACCUAUUCAUUUGCAACAUUUUCCGAUAUAGCACUCAGUCGGUUUGAACCUGGUCAAAUUGCAGAUGUUGUGGUUUUGAUCAUUUCCCUUGAAUUUAUUGUGAUUCCACCAUUACUAAAUCCUUUAAUCUAUGGCCUAAACUUACCGGACAUCCGAAGAAGAAUUCUAAGUAUGAUGACUUCUGUGAAAGCUACUUUCAUUUCAUAG